AUGUCCGUAGUAACCGGACAACUGGGCAAAACAUGCAAGCGAGUGUUGGUCGGAGGCGAGCUACAUCCACGCCGCGGUCGCCUCCCACUUCUCACCUCCGAGAAGUGUACUCUCCUCGCGACGCGCCCUGAACUCUCCGUCCCAGCCAGCCUGCCCUCGACGACCAGCCGACCGGCCGACUCGGUCUGGCCGCCGGCCAGAAAGACGCGAAACGACGGAUCCAUCCGCCCGUCGGGCAGUCGGAAGCGCCGGCUGAAGAGGGCCGUGUCCCGCGGCGCUCUGCCGCCGGGCCAGGCGCUCGACGACAGCGGCUCCGGCCGGCCCGAGGGCGGUGCUCGGCGGCGGGACUCGAGUUGCGGCCGGCGAAUGCGGCGCCCCGGAGACGCGGAGCCGACACGCUGCGGCCUGGCGGCCCGACGCCGACGCAAGUGCUGGUCGGCCGCCAGCUCCGGCCGGCGCUUCGAGUCGCCGAGGGGCUCGAGCAUGGCUGGCGGCACGCUGAGGCGCCGGAACUCGUGCGCCAAGACCCGAUCAUUCUGCGUCCGCUCGGACGGACGAAGCCGUCCCGUCGCCGUCGCCGUCGUCACCGCCGUCUCCACGACUCGCUUCUCGGGCCGUUCCUCUCGGGAGCGAGGCGCGGGUUCGAGCUCCGUCGGCGUCGUCUUCACCGCCGCGCAGGGGGCGGGCGAGUGGUGCGCAGCGAUGCCUGAGUCGGGCACCAGGUCCGUCGGGAGUGGAGGAGACGCAAGUGAAGAACCACCCUCGAGCGGAGUUGUACGGAGCCGCAGCCGCACCCACGACGAAUAG